UUGUGUUUAUGGUCGCGCCAAUCUGUAGAAUUUCAAUUAUAAAUACAUAUUCGAAUUGUGGCUGUCCUAUAAUUGUAAUCGUAUUUCUGAUUGGUACUUUACAAUGCUCGAGUGACAUAAAAAAUCAAGAAAAAUGAUGAGAUCAAGCGCUCCAAGCCAAAAAGGCAAACGACCUGGCGAGUUUUCUCCUCUCCAGCCACGCUCCACCAUACCACAAAGAGAGAAACGGUUGAAGACCGAGUUGAAAGAAAUUAAAAUCUCACGUAAGCCACUCGUACAACUGUCAAUUGCCGUUACUCCAGAAUCAUUAUCGGAACAUGAGGAGAGAAUACGAAAGUUAUUGAACCGGCCGUUUAAAAUUCCAAUUCCUGGUUAUCAACUCUCUAACAGAUCUCUUGGUAUGCGUAUGUUGGGACCUCGAACACCGCUCCACGAUCCUGAUGAGGCUAAUGCAUUGGUUGUUUACACACCACCUGAAUUAUCUGAACACGACAAACUGAAACUAGACACGACCAAACAACUUGUUCACGUAGUAGUUGAUCCAGCUCUGUGUAAUAUAUUGCGACCUCAUCAAAGAGAAGGUGUUAAAUUUAUGUAUGAGUGUGUAACCGGGAAACGGAUCGAAAAUGCUUAUGGCUGUAUAAUGGCUGAUGAAAUGGGUCUUGGUAAGACCCUGCAGUGUAUUACAUUGUUGUGGACUUUGCUGAAACAAGGACCAGAAGCUAAACCACUUAUUGAAAAAGCUGUGAUAGUGGCGCCUAGUUCUCUAGUAAAAAAUUGGUAUAACGAAAUACAUAAGUGGCUUGGCAGACGAGUGAAUCCUUUGGCCAUUGAUGGUGGGAGUAAAACAGACAUUGACAACAAAUUAAAAGGAUUUAUGAAGACCUAUGGACGUAGAUGUGCAAACCCAAUUUUGAUAAUCAGCUAUGAAACGUUUCGUUUGCACGCUCACGUUUUACAUCAGGAUGACGUUGGUUUAGUAUUGUGUGAUGAAGGUCAUCGUUUGAAAAACAGUGAAAAUCAAACUUAUCAGGCACUUAUGGGUUUAAAAGCAAAAAGACGUGUAUUACUCAGUGGAACACCCAUUCAAAAUGACCUACUCGAGUACUUCUCACUGGUUCAUUUUGUGAAUCAAGGACUUCUUGGAACUGCCCAGGAAUUCCGUCGGAAAUUUGAAAUCCCGAUCCUGAAAGGUCAAGAUGCUGGAGCAACUGACUCGGAGCGCCAAAGAGCGCAAGAAUGUCUUCAAGAGCUGGUAACAAUAGUAAACAAAUGCUUGAUAAGACGUACAAGUGCGCUAUUGUCAAAGUAUUUACCUGUGAAACAUGAAAUGGUCAUUUGCGUUAAACUUAACAAAUUGCAAACUCAGUUGUAUCAAAAUUUCAUCAAAAGCGACAGUAUCAGAAAAUCUAUGCAAGGUGAUGAAUUUGGCACUGGCAAGAAAGGUAGUCUUUCAGCAUUGUCCGCUAUUACACUACUCAAAAAACUUUGUAAUCAUCCUGAUCUGGUGUACGAAAAAAUUCUGGAAAAGUCUGAAGGAUUCGAAAAUGCUGCAGAACUUCUACCUCCAAACUAUAGUUUAAAAGAUGUCUUGCCAGAGCUGUCUGGUAAAUUGAUGGUCUUGGAUUGUUUACUGGCUUUGGUAAAGUCAACUACAACGGAUAAGGUUGUGUUGGUAUCAAAUUAUACACAGACCUUGGACUUAUUUGAAAAGUUAUGUCGAAAGCGUACAUAUCGUUAUGUUAGGCUUGAUGGAUCGAUGACUAUAAAAAAGAGAUCCAAAGUCGUAGAUAGUUUCAAUGAUCCAAACAGCGGCGAUUUUAUAUUCAUGCUGAGUUCUAAGGCAGGCGGAUGUGGGCUUAAUUUGAUUGGCGCAAACCGACUAGUUAUGUUUGAUCCUGACUGGAAUCCCGCCAACGAUGACCAAGCUAUGGCCAGAGUUUGGAGAGACGGACAAAAAAAGCCUUGCUUCAUUUAUCGCUUGCUUUGUACUGGUACAAUAGAAGAAAAGAUAUUCCAAAGACAGGCCCACAAGAAAGCAUUAAGUUCGACUGUAGUUGACCAAGAAGAUGAUGUGGCGAGGCACUUUACUUUAAGCGACUUGCGCGAUCUAUUCACGUUGGAAGAAAACACCACAUCUGAUACCCAUUCAAAAUUCAAGUGCAAGAGGUGCGUAAAUGGAGUGGAGGUUCGCGGCCCACCCGAAGGAACAGACUGCAAUUCUGACUUGUCGGAUUGGAGACAUGCCAACAAUCCUCGUCAUUUACCCGAUCUGCCACUUCGGCAGUGCUGGGCUAGUGGCAUAUCCUUUGUAUUCCAUCAUCGGUCACACGAACUCGUUAAAGCCGAAGAAUGAAAUGUAUACAGACUAUAGUAGAACGUCAUUUUGAUAAUUGAAGCGUACUUUAAGACGAGUACGAAAAUAAUUGCAAUCAGCUUUGUUUCUAGUUGCAACUAGUUCCUGUUAAAUUCGUUAAUAUGAUGUCUGUCAUUCCUGUCUCUUAUUUUUUCCAUUCAUCGAUUUUGUAAUGGCAUAAAACAGAUCCCUAAAGGCGGUCACGAAAACAUCAAUUUGUUUUAUAAAAUACUUUUUUUCGUUUAUAAACAGUUUUCACUCAGCGAAAGAUAAUAAUAAUAAUAAUAAUAAUACUAAUAAUGAUUCGAAGUUCAGUUUGUAGAAAUGUUUCGUAUUCUUUGAUAUUCGAUAACAAAAGUAAUUGUGAUGUAUUAUAAUAUAAGUUUAGAAUAAUGUUGAGCUCAGGUGUGAAUAAUUCUCCGAAAUGAUUUUUAUAGUAAAAUCGUCAUUCCGUGACAACAAAGAAUGAGAAUAGUAUUAAAAAUUAAAUAAACUGUUUCAUAAAAUGUCGUAUAAGUUCUUAGUUAUACAAAUGGAUAGCUUUCAUGUUUCAAUUAAUUUAUAUGUACAUUUUUAUUGUAUACUAAGGGCUUCGCCCCUGCGCGCUUUGCGCCUCACUAUUUCCUUAUACAUUGUCUAUUAGACAGGUGAAUUCAUUUAUGCUGAUUUGUACUGGUUGUGUCCACUGUCUCCGUCGCCGGUGAAGAGUGGCGAGAAUUGUCUUUCAUCUUGGGAUCCGAUUUGGUGUGGAUUAAUUUGUUCUCCGCGAUACACGAUUA